AUGGAAACAGACACGACGACGUUUAAGUGGGAGGGCAAACAAGCCGCCCAGAUCAAUGGCGUCACGGCGGAGCAGGUCUGGUCUGUCGUUUCCGACUUCUGCAACGUCCACGAGUGGUUCCCCACUGUAGACACGUGUCACCGAGUCCAAGGAACCGAUGGUCAGCCUGGUCUGGUUCGCUACUGCGCCUCCACCAAAGCCAAGGAAGAGGAAACCAAAUGGGCUAAAGAGCGUUUGGUCGAGAUCGAUCCAAUCGAACGGUGUUUAAGCUAUGAGAUCCUCGAUAAUAACGUGGGGUUCAGAUCUUACGUUGCGACGGUCAAAGUAAUGCCAGUCAACGGUGGAGAUGAAUCGGACGGUAGAAGUGACUGUCGAAUCGAGUGGUCGUUUGUGUCCGAUCCUGUUGAUGGUUGGAAGAAGGAAGACCUUGAGUCCUACGUGGAUUUUUGUCUUAAACAUUUGGCGAAUAAAAUGGAAACGAAUCUUUAA